AUGGAAGAGUCUCAAGAAGUACUAAGUCAAAGGCUGUCAUUGUCGGAACAAGAGAAGGAGGAAAUCAUUGUGGAAGAGGUGCUGUUAGAAGAAACUAAACAAAGGGGAGAACAUUCUUUGCUGGUAUCUCUACUCAUGGAUAAGCACUACAAUCAUGAGGUUUUCAAGCAAAACUUGAGGAGAAUCUGGCGACCUGUAAAGAAGAUUUGGUUUAAGGAAUUGGGAUCUAAACUGCUACUGGUGGAAUUCGAAGAUCAAAGGGAGAAAGCCAGAGUGCAACGUGAAGGACCAUGGCCUUUUGAUAGGAAUCUGGUAUUGAUGCAAAAUUUUGAAGGAGAUAUACUGGCCAACAAAAUAAAGAUAGUAAAGGUAGUUUUCUGGAUCAGACUAUAUGAACUUCCUUUGGGUGCAAUGAAUGAGAAGGUGGUGAGAAUGAUUGGUGAUUGUAUUGGUACAGUAGAGGAGAUUAAUAUAGAGAAGGAUGAAGUAGCAUGGGGGCAGUUCAUUAGAAUGAGGGUCAGUUUGGAUGUCACUAAACCUUUGAUGUGUGGCAAAUGCAUAAACCUGUCUGCUCAUGGAGUCUGUUGGGUUCGAUUCACCUAUGAAAGAUUACGAACAUUAGGCCUGUGCAAAAUGCCUGCUGGGCCGCACAAUCCACACAACCCGAUUGGGUUGAACCCGUUAAUGUCGGGUUGA